AUGAUGCGAGUGCCGCUCAAGGCACCUCUUGCAGCAAAAAGUGGCAACACGAACAUGCCGUCCUACGAUAAGAGCAGCGGCUCCACCAGACCGCUGAUGCCCGUCCUCAGCGCCUCGGCGAAGGCCUCAAAUCGUGCUCCCUUGACUCCACGAGUAGCCGGCACAACUCCGCCAGUUGUUCAGACGCCAUUGUCGCGCCGGGGAGCGCGUUCAGAGAAUACUACACCGAGUGCGUCGUCGAGGGAGGAUCUGUCGACCCCGGUUUCUGCGUUUCUAAACAACAACAUCACCCCGCGAUCGUCAUCACGCAAAAGUCGAGUCGACAGCGCAAAUACGACGCCGACGGGGACACCGACUGGGACCCCCGUUCCUGCUUCCAACGAUUCCUUUCGAAUUAAUCACGAUCCGCCAGUCUACGGUUCUGGGUUGGGGAUCAAUGGGAUUGACAGGGAUGUACCGAAACGACCAACGGUGUCAUUCAGUCCUGCGAAUAAUAAGGAUGAUUCGAAAUUCUUCUUCGCGAGUGAGGCAAAAACGGCUUCUACACCUUUUGUUUAUGCCAAUGCUGUGGGAUCGACUGUGGACGAUAGAGCCCCUAAGUUCUUUCAUGCGAAUGGCACUCCGGACCUCGAGUCUGCACCACACUUUCCACCGCCCAGACCGAGCUCUGCCGUGUCUUCUUCGUCACGGAUGAACUCGCCGAGAUUGGCAAACACAAGCACAUUUUCACCACCUUUAAGACCUAAUUCCCCAUCGAAGAAUACACCGACCUUAGAAUCACCAGUUCUACCACGACCUCAGCCAGUAGGGAGAGGGCAAUCAGCAAAUGGGAUCGUUGCAACACGCAGGACGGGUAUUGAAUCAGGGAGAGCUAGCCAUGGUCGUUCAGCAAUGAGGAAAAUAUCAGGAGGUGAAACACCAGGAUCACCAUCAAAUCUGAUUACGACUUCUGUUCCGAUUUCGACACCAGAAGAGAUUCCAGAACCUGGAGUGCCUCCAGCCGACUCAGCGCUUCAAAGUCCCAUUAAAACAGGUCAUUCAAUCGAACAAUUGAAUGAACUCGCCGCCAACGCACGAAGAGAGAGGAAAGUUCUCGACUUGGAAAUUACAAACUCCUCUCUAGCAGCAAUAAAUCGCACCCUAGAACGGGAAAUGAGGAAACAAACCGCCGAACUGCGCCGGUACAGAAGACUAUCCCGUUCAGGUCGCCUCUCAAUAGCAACCUCGGCCUCGGUGCGAAAUUCAGGAACCUCAUUACUUCAAAGCGAAGACGGCACCCCCCUCUCCGACAUGAGUGAAGACGACGACGAAGAGGACGAGGAAGAGGAAGACUCCUCCUUCUCCACCGAUUCGGAAGAAGGCUCGAUCUCUCCCCGCGCCAUGGCUGAAUCCGACGCCCGGCACAGGCAAAGAGAUGAAAAGCGUCUGCAGCUCGAUCUGACUAAACACCAGCAGCUUCUCAUUGAUUCCCAGAAGAUGAAUCAGAGUUUGAAGCGUUGUUUAGGCUGGACGGAAGAGCUAAUCAAUGAAGGGAGGAAAGCGCUGGAGUACCAUGUACGCGUCUCGGACGUCGAACUCGGUGGGAGGGUGCUAGCACCUGAUGAAGUGGAGGGUGGGAGCGAAGAUGUUAUCAACGAGGAAGAAAGCGAAGGAAUGAGCAUUUUCGGCGCGAGGUUACUUCGAGAAGCGAGGAAAGCCGCGAAAGAGGGAGUAGGGAAGGUAGCAGGCUGGAGCGGAGAGGGGAAGGAUGAUAGGGAUAGUGGCAUUGAGGUCGAUUGGGUCCAGGGACGGCGUUUUUAUUCUGGAGGACACACAUUUGGCGGCGUUCAGGAACGGUCAAGCACAGCACCCGGCUUUCAUCGAUCGAUCGGCCUUCGGAGCAUCCAACUCAACCGUCGAACAUUUUUCUUUGCUGUAUACUGCGAUACCCCCUUGCGAGAAGGACGGAGGAUGGAAUGGCGUCGGGGACCCGAAUAUAUGGGCGGCGCUUUUUUGAGAUUUGAUAUUUGGAAGAAAUGGAAGCGAAUUGUGUAA